AUGGAUCCAAGUUUAUAUCAACAACGCCAACAACAGAACCGUGUUCCUUAUCCAUUUCCUGGUAACCCUCAAGCUGGAUCAGCUAAUGUCAUGGGUACUGGCAUAUACUCCCCGCAAUACUUACCAGCUAACAUGACUAACAAUACCGGAUAUUUACAGUCAAGUAACAUCAACCCCAUGAUGCCCACUUCUGGUCGCCCGGUAUACCCUGUCCCUGUCGCCUCUAUGACAUCUAUGACAACUAAUGGCAUGCCCGCGGCGAAACGAGUUGCUCUUGCACCUAAUCCUCAAAUGCAAAGUAUGUUUUCAAAUAUUACGCAAAAUCCUGGUCAAAAUCAACUAUUUGCAACUGCUAGUGGGUUUCCCAAUCAGCAACAAAUGAUGAACUCCGGAAGAUCAGUGCCCACACAAUCAUUUGUAAAUACUGACCAAAGUAUUGAGGGAAAAACUCCGAUACCGAUGCAGUCUAAUAAUUAUGCAUCAUCGCCAAAUAUAAAUAAAUAUUAUGGUCAAUUUCAACAACCGACGCCAACAAAGGCAAAUCCUAUCGGAAAUAUGGGAUCAAAUUUUAAUAACCUUUUAAAUCAAUCACAAUCUUCACAUUCCCAACAACCAAAUCAAGCGAUACAAAAUUCUAUGCCACAAGAUGAAAGUCAAGUUGAUUGGUUAGAAUUAGGUGAUGAUGAGGACAUUGUAUAUGAUUUUAAUUGUUCAACUGAUGCAACUGGUAACCUUGGAGGAAAUUGGAAUGCCAAUCCAUUACAAGGAAAUUUGAAUUAUCCAUCUCAAUCAAAGUCAUAUGCGACAAUUAAUCAAAAUGAACUUGGUUAUAACUUUUCUAAUAUUUCACCAAUUUCUUCGUCAUCGAGUAAUGUUUCGCAGAAUUUAUCUCCAAAAGAAAUUCAACAUAAUUCAAUAGGAAUGCUUUCUUCUCGAUCUCCUAAUCCUAAUCCCAUUAAUAUUUCUUCAAAUCUAGUAGAUGAAUCAAAUUCUGCAUCGGUAAUAUAUAACCAGAAUCAAUCUAUUAAUCUUAAUCAAACAACACAAACAGUAUCCCAAAUUGGACAAUAUAAUAAAAUUCCAUCUAAAGAUCAUUUGGCUUCAAAUUCUAUGAUUAGAGGUUAUUCUCAACAAUCUGCACAAUCUUCUUCAAUAUCACCUGAAAUACCUUCUUCGACUUCUAACAUUCAAAAUACAGUGAUUGAUCCUUACAAACAAACAUCAUCAUCACAAGCUGUAGAUUCUUCUACAUUAACAUCAAAUAAAUCGAACACAAUUAUAGGUCAUAUAGAUCCCAUGCAACAAAUAACCUCUUCACAAGAAAAUCAAGCAGAUUCUUCCAUUAUGCCCGUCUCGGAAAAUCAAAAUGCAUAUACAAAUCCCCAAAUAUCAAAUAAUAUGUCGAGAGUUCCCUCUUCAACUAUUAGUCCUCCUAAAACCGAGAAAUCUCCUUCCGUUCCUUCCCCACAAUCUCAAUCUCCUAAUCCUAAUACAACGACUCCAAUAUCACCACCAAAAAAUACAACCCCUAGACCUCAAAAAGUUAAUUAUUGCCCAAAAAUACGUCGUGUCGAGUCUUAUGGUGGUUACGAUAUGAAAGCUUUCGAAAAUUUUUCGAUACCUUUGCAUUUACCCGCAAUACAGGAUUUAGUUGAUAUACAUGCGCUCACAAUGUCUUUAAAGUGUGGCAUGAAAUUAGAAGUCGCAAAUGCACUUAAUACCUUAACCACACUUUCUCAUUAUCAGAUUCAGGAUGAAAAUACAAUAUCUCAAAGAAAAUUCAAAUCAUAUAAACAAUUAUAUCAACUUGUUAAACAAGAAUGUGAUGGAUUUUCAGAAGUGGCGUAUGGAAAAUCAUUUGCAUCAGAAGAAUGGUUACCAUUACAUGAACAAUGUUGGUGUACAAUCAAUAUGAUAAGAAAUUUUUCAUUCAUGAAUGAAAAUCAUGAGCAUUUAGCGUCACAUCCAAGAUUACUUUAUGUACUCAUGCGAACUCUUUAUGUGGGUGAGGAUGAUGGUUCAAAUGAAAUAAUAAAAGUAAUAUCUAAAACAGAUGAAAAUGGAGAGAGAAUGAUUCUUAAAAGGGCUUAUGAUGUUCUAGAAUUACGUAAAAGUGUUUUAAUAAUUUUAUCAAACAUUGCAGCUUAUCUUCAAUUACCUUCAAUAAAUAUCGCAAAAGAUUUAUUAGUGAUAAUUAUUGACUUUUUGGAUUGUUCGGAUGAUUAUUAUGCUCAGGUAGCUUUAGAAGUUUUUUCUAAAAUAUCUGUAUCGUACGAGAAUAGAUUACGAAUUGGUGGGUGUGAUGAAGAAACAUUAACAAUGGCUUUUGAAAGAUUGGCAAAAAUGUUAAAUCUAAGAGAAAGUAGUUUCGGAUUAGGUAUUGGAGGUGUCACUCGUCCUUCGAUGAACAAUUUAUCUUUUCUUGCAACUUUGGUAAUGGCAUGUUUUAAUUUUGCCAGCCUUAGUGGAGAAUCAAUGAGAAAAAAGAUGAUUUCUACACCAGGAUUCAUAAGCAGAAUGCUUAAAUUGUCAACAACUUUGGCAAAUAUUCGAGGAAAUAAUAAUGAUGAAGAUUGUCUUAUGUUAGCAAGAAGAGCUAUGGAGAUGCUCAAAGUGUUAGCAAAAGGGAAUGAAGAAAGUUUUCUUGUAUACACUUCACAAUUAUUGGAAGCUUUAUUAACACCUUACAUAGAUCCUGUAGUUAUUAAAGAUCUAGAAGCAGUAAUUUACCCUGGUGAUGUAUGA